AUGCACGCAAAAUUUUAUGCACUUGCAAUUGCAGCGCUGGCGCACUGCGCGCACGCGCGAGUGUCGUUUGAUGAGAUCAUAGAGAUGCAAAGCACUGAAAUAAGAAACAGUAACGCCUUCAUCAACCCGAGGGGGCCGCUCUGCCUGCUGCGCGGGCUCGUGUACUCCGAGCUAGCAUACAUGCACAACAAGCGCUUCUUUUCGCCCGAGAUAGAAACUGACUAUAAGCUGGAGCCUGUUGGGGAUGCUGAAACCACAAACGAGCAGACAUACACAAGAAACGCGCAGAAGGACAAGCCCUAUCUGUCUGCAGAGGGGCCCGCUUUGAGCUCCAAGCCUGCUGGCAAAAACUACUCUGUGGAGUACCACCGCACCCUCAUCGAGAUGUUUCCAUCGACAGACGGGCACACUCUGUCCGUGGCUGUCGACCGAGAUGACUCCUUCUUCCAGUUUCUGCACGGGAUGCCCACCAAACAGCACGCGCACUACGUGCUGGCCGCGCUCCUCCUGCUGAGCGAGGGUGUCGACGUGCCCAUCAAGGCCACGCAGAAAACAAUCACACUGGGAACAAGCAUUCUUGGCAACUUGCCGCCAGAGCACAGAAAAACUGUGGGAAAGGAAAGCAGCACAGUGUUUAAAACAAAAAAAGACUUGUGCAAAAAGGCUGCCCAGGUCAUAAACUUCUUCAAAGAGAACAUGCAAAAAGAAAAGCUUCCGUGCACGCAGAACGACUUCAGCACCGGAGAGUUUCUAAACACGCCGCAGUUCCUCAUCCAGGCAUACGUCUUUGAGUACAUCACGAGCAAGGAAGACGCCCUGGACUUUGCAGCGUGCGUGCACGCCAUCCUCACAAGCCUGCCAGAAGACAGCUGCAAAGACGCAUACAACGCGUGCUUUGUGGAGAGCAAGGCAGAGGCAGAGGAAGACGAGUUCCUGCACACGUUUACGCAGAUUCAGAAAGCCAUGAAGAAUCUAGAGUCGUUUCCGUUCCCCAGCCCAAGCAUGCUGCCGGCGUACACAAGCGUGCAUGCCUGUAAGAGAGGCCAAACAGAGUUUCUGGAUGAAACAUUCAGCAACUGCGUGGAGACAGGUCUAUUUGCGCUCUUCUGCUGCCUUGCCCACCACCCAGUUCAGAAAAAGUACAAAGCUGACACCAUGCUCGGCAAGAAAAAAGAGGGCGAGGAAGCAGAGGCCCUGCGCGCCUUCUUCCAGUUGGAAAGUGUCACCCCAAAGGCAUGCGCCACCAAAGACACAAUACAGGAGUGGAACCGUGUCGUGUCUGGCCUGCAGAGCGAGCACAUCGCAUAUGUAAGGCCCAGCCGAAACGAGGUGCGCUCCGGAAUUUUCAACGCUCUCUACGUUGUCGCAGAGGUGACGGGAAGACGAGAGAAGGAGGAGCCGAGAAUACGCAAGCUUGCGCAGAUGCUAGAAGAAUCCGAGAUUGGCAAAACCUCUGGAGACGUGUUUGAAAAAACACAGGAGUACGUGGAAAAGCUUUUCACGUCUCUCUCCGUGGAUAAGAGCUUACGAGUGGAAUUUUCUGACUUGAAGGUCGGCGCCCGAAGCGACGGGCAGAAUGAUCUCUACGGAAAAAUCACGCUAAAGUACACAGGCAAAGACAGCGCGAUAGAGCAGGGCUUAUGCCUUGCCUUUAAGCCCAGGCAUCUAAUAGUCACCCUGUGCCCGUGCGUCUUCCUUUCUCUUACGGACGAAAAAAAAGAGGCCUUCUUUGCGGUGGACGGCUACUCAGACCCUGCAGACUUUGUAGAGUGCCUGCUUGCCGGGUACGCAGGCGCAUGGAGGGCCAGGGGCACGAACCUGCAAGAAAACAAGCUUGCCCAAGACAUCCAGAAGGCCACGACCUCACUGCUCUCCCCCGGGGCCUCUGCGCACCCAAACCAGCUUUUCUUGCUCGAGAGCGCCUUGAGAAGCAAACAGAUAAAAGAAAUCUCCAAGGCUUUCAUCUUGUGCGCAGCAGCAAAAGGCAUCCAGCUCGCCCAGGAGCACACGGGCGUGCGCCUCCUCUCGAACCUGCUCGGCAGCCUUCCGCUGGACGACUAUGAAACGCAAAUAGAUGUGCUGGAGGGCCCAGUAUGGCUGGGCAUGCAGCGCGAGCUAUUUCCAAGAAUCGCCGUGUCAAAGAAAGCAACUGCUAUAAUGUAUAAAUACGCAUUCGCUAUCAUCGAAAUAGGGAUCUACGCCGGAGACAACUGCACGCCCGCAGCAAACGCCAUCAUGAAAUACUUCAGAGAGUACAAAGAUAAAGCAGGCGAGCCUCUUUUCAUGUGCUACGCUUUGCCAAUGUUUUUCGCCAUCUCUGACUUGUUCCCUCUUUUGCUUGCAGACAAGUCAACGCGCCACAUAGACGAAAUUGGCACACUCCUUCUCGACGUGGAGGAGGAAGACCGGAAGGACGCACUGGACACCAAGGCGCUCUUCGACUUCCUCGUGUUCCUUGCCAGCUUGAAACACAAAGAAACCCCGCCCAAGCUGGUGCUUGCUCUGUGCAGCAGGCUUGGGCCAAGGUCGAUCCAGAUGGGCACCCACGCCGAUUACAGGCCGAAGAUCAGCAGCCAAGAAGCCUCUGCGAUUCUGGAGGCGCUGGGCACGCACCAGAGCGCCCUGCUGCAGACGCCCAGCGGAGAAGAGGUGUUAGACGGCGUGAUGGACAUACUCCAGUCCACCAUAAACAGGAGGGCCUAG